AAAGCCGCUCUCUGUACGGCGCCACACACAGACAGUCACAGAUAGCGAGACAGAGCAGGAGCCCCGCGAGCUCCCACUAUUUUAAUCCGAGUCCGAGUUUAAGUUUAUCAAUAACGGAUUUACGUGUGUGAAUAAUCACGGUCUUGUGUGCGAUGAAGUUCACAGCGACAGUCCUUGUGGCCGCGUGCCUGAUUGCUCUAGUCAGCUCUAUUCCAGUUCCCGAGAGCGAGGGACUCCAAUCUCGGGCACUGGAUCGCUUAGUCAUGGUCGAAGACGACAACGACGCCGCCCUAAGAAGUAAAAGAACGAUCGGCAUACUCCGUCAGCUCUUCCCUGGCAUCUCCCAGGACGUAAAUCCCGAAGCGGAAAAUCAAGUCGCUCAAGACGGGGAUCAGGCGGGUUCGGAGAACAACGAAGUCCGAGUGCAGUUCGACGAUCAAGGAACAUCGGCGAACGAAGCAGUGCAAUCGGAAUUGGCUCCCCUGGAGGAGAUAGAGGUGAGCGACGACGAGAACAGGAACAAGAGAUUCCUGAACUUCGGCUUCGGGGGAAAUAACGGAGGAACUGGGGGCAGUGCUGGGGGAUCAGGAAACUUUUUAUUCGAUAUCAUAAGGCAAGCAGCCGACGGGGCGGCGAGAGCGGCUGGGACGGUAUAUCGCGUGGUGGCAGGUACUCAAAGCCUCGGUCUAGGUCUAAGUGCUUCACGUGACCUAGGCCCGUCCCCUCCGCCUCAAACCCAAGCCGCCCCCGCCGCGCAGGCACCUGCACCUGCUAAUGCUCCUCCGCCAGCGCCAGCCGCCCCCGCCCCAGCCCCUGCGCCAGCAGCUGUCCAACCACCGCUUGUGGCCGGCAGUGGAUCAGCAACGCAAUCAUCACAACCUGGCAAUGCACCGGAUCCAAAUGCUGGGAGACAAGAUGCUAUUCAGGAGGCAGUACCUGGACCGGUCACCAGGCUCUUUGUCAUUGCCAAUCGGGGUCUCUCCAAUUUAAUUCAGGAUCUCAUUCUCCGUCUCGCAGCAACCAGUGAGCGUAUCGUGAACUUCAAGGCACGACUCAUCACUUCGAUCAUCUAAAAUGGCAGCGAGACACUGAUGAGCCGAGGGAGAUGAUUGAUUGGAUCGUGGGUACGACGAAUUUGACGACGAUAAGGGUCGUCCCUUGUACCCGGGAUCCCAGCAAAGAGACGUUGGAAUCGAUGAAUCAAUCCGCCAGGCAUUUCAACGCUUUCCUCAUCUUUUUUACUCUACUAUCACUCGUUUCCACUUCACACUCGAUUCCCCUUCAUCACUUUAUACUUUUGUAAUUACAUCAUCUACUUUUUCUUUAUCCUACCACUCCUCUUCUUUUCUUUUCUCUCCUCUGUAUUUCUAUUUCUGUUCUAUUACUUCAAUUUCUUCUAUAAAAAUUGUCCCUCUCUCACUCGAUUUCCUCAACAAACCAUCCGAGCGUGAAUUAAACUCGGCCACGUCGAUUCUGCAGAGAUGCAUGACAACAAGCCGCUAUUUUAACGAAAAAUGUUGUAUUUUAUUUUUAUUAUUCGAUUGACACUGUUGUUGAAGGAAAAAAACUGAUGAAAACUUGUAAAUAUUAUUUCCCAAGGGUAUUUUUGGGUUACUGCGUCCACUGCCUCUAUAAUGUACUUAUUACAAAAAUUGUUUGACUCCUUUUUUGAAGGAUUUUUUUUUUGUUUUUUGAUUAAAUCUAUUUUGCUUUUUAUUAUUAUUUUUUUUUUUCGAAUGGUAUUUUUUUUAUUGUAUGGAAAUUAUGGAAGAAGAGUCCCCCGUGAAUGUGCGAGCAAUCUGUGUAUGUAAAUCCCCCAUUAUUUUGUAGUGUAAAUAAAUAUGUUGAGUACGAAGUUGAA